CGAGGUUUCUUCUCGCUUGUCUCUAUUCCCAAUCGAAAGCGAGGCAAAACCCUAACCAUUGAUCUUAAACCCCUUCCAAUUCAUCGAAUUCAAGGUGGAAUUCGAGAUCUAGAGUUCGAUUUCAACCCUAGUUCCGUGUUCCUUGAUCGAUUUCGCGGCGGAGCGCCGGAGGAUGCUGGAUUGUGACCGGCCGCUUUCAGAGCUGGUUCAAGCUCUGGGCUUUCUUUGAGGCGUUCUUCUUUGAAGUUUUGAAAUUAUCUCUGAAUUAUAAAUGGAAGGGUCAUUUAACGGACAAAUCUUGGUGGACAAGCUUCUAAUACUCAACAACUCCCAGCAGAGCAUAGAGACCCUGUCACAUUGGUGCAUCUUCCAUAGGAAGAAGGCAAAACAGGUCGUCGAAACAUGGGAGCAUCAAUUUUAUCGGUCUCCCCAGGACCAACGCAUUUCAUUUUUAUAUCUUGCGAAUGAUAUUUUACAAAAUAGUAAAAGGAAAGGUAUGGAAUUUGUCAAUGAAUUCUGGAAGGUACUACCCCGUGCAUUGAAAGAUGUCGUUGAGAAUGGUGAUGAGUUUGGGAAAAACGCUGCCAAAAGAAUGGUUGAUAUAUGGGAAGCCCGCAAGGUUUUUGGUUCGCACAGUGAAUUCCUCAAGGAGGAACUUUUAGGAAACAUGGAAAAACAAAAUGGAAGAGGUGUUAAUUACAAGAAACAUCCUCCUGGGGAUAUGUUGCAAAAGCUAAUCUCCAGUUAUGAGCUUGUUUACCAUGUCUCUGUGAACGAAAAAGCUUUAUUUGAGAAAUGCCAAGUGGUUAUCAGUUCCAUUGAGAAAGUGGAGAAGGAGAUUAAUGGUGAGCAUAACUUAGAAAAUUCAGUUGAGCCUGGCAUCAUAGAGGAGUUUCAGGAAAAUCAUGGUGUGCUAAGAGAGUGCAUUGAACAACUAAAAUUAGCUGAAUCAUCAAGAGGGAAUCUGUUGUCUCUUUUGAGAGAAGCACUAAAUGAGCAGGAACACAAGAUGGAACAAGUUCAUAACCAGCUUCAGGUUGCUCAAUCUCGAUUCAAGCAAUUAGAGGAAAUUUGCCAGUACCUGCUGAAGCCUGAUGGACCACCAGGUUAUGUUCCAGAAGCCAGAACUGGCACUGAAGCAAAAGAACAGCCGACUCCUGUCAUCUACAUCCAGAAGGCAAAUAAUCCUCAUCAAUCUGAAGAAGAGGAUAGGACAACAGCUACCCCCACUGUGCCAGAAAAGCUUGCUAUAUCACAAGGACAGAUGGAGAAAGAAGAGUACCAUUCAGAGAACAAGAAGCAAAAAGUAUCUCUGCCACCACCACCUCCUCCACCGCCGCCACCUCCUUUCCCGUAUCCUGACUCACUGAAUCAGCAAAUGCUUCCUCCACCGCCGCCGCCUAUGAUGCCUCCACCUCUGCCUCCGCCACCGCCACCCACUACUAUCACUUCGACGACGGCAGCUCCGUUUGGACAAGCUAUCAGUCCUAUCCCUGGAGUGCCCUUCAGUUACGGCUUAGUCCCGUUACAGCGGCCACCUGCAAUGCCUGGCUAUCCCAUUGUCAACAUGCCGCCUUUUCCAGGUCCUCCGGCUGCUUAUCAUGGUUUUCAAGGCCCAGAACCCCCUGUCGGUCUUUUCAACCCGCCUUUAGUGCCACCAACUCCUCCUCCGGUGCCACCAACUCCGCCGCCAGUUUCCCGGCCAUUAAACUAGAAGUAAACUGGUUCCGCCUACUUAACUUAACGGUGUUAGAAGGAAGAAUUGGUCGACCUUGUAGUUGUGACAUAGGAUGUUUAAAUGUUUCAGCUUUAGAUUCUCUAAUGCAGAUUGCAUGUCUGACUUUUGUUCAGGUUUUCUUUUUUUUUUAAAAAAAAAAACACAAAAGAAAGGCCUUUACGUUCAAGGGCUCAUGUAACUUCUGCCCAAGUGGGCUUGUACCUUGUAUAUGAAGGUUGUGUCGAGGUGGAUUUAGAUUAAAGGAAAAUUUGGUUGAUUCUCUC